AUGAUCCCCAUCCGCACCGGUGUCGAGUACAAUCAUCCGGAUAUACUCUAUUCACCUCCUCUGCACGCAAGAGAAAUUAUCAGCGCUUUUAACGCAGCCGUCACCGAGCAGUGGCCCUCCUUUGCACCCAAUCCCACACUUGACAUUCACAUCCUCAACAGCAGCCUAAGCGACAUCCCAUCGACGACGAAAUUCGACCUCGUCGUCUCACCUGCCAAUUCCUACGGACGGCUAGACGGCGCCUUUGACGACGCCAUCUCCCGCGCUUUCUGUCCGGCUGAUGACUACGAUGCACUCACCCGCGCUGCGCAAAAGAUCCUCUACGAGCUGUGGCGAGGCUUCGCGCCUCCCGGAUCAUUCACACUUGUCCCGUUUCCCGAGGAAAUCGAAGACGUGAAUUAA